CCGCCUCUUCAAGGAUGCCCGGAGCACUGCUGUCCACCCGGUCCCUCUACAUCGGCAUGGAGGUGGCGAUCGCCGUGGCAUCCGUGGUGGGCAACGUGAUGGUGGUGUGGGCGGUGAGGAUCAACAAAUCCCUGAGGGACACCACCUUUUGUUUCAUUGUGUCGCUGGCGUUGGCCGAUAUCACGGUGGGGGCGCUGGUCAUCCCGUUGGCCAUCACCAUCAGCAUCGGGCUGCAGACGCACUUCUACAGCUGCCUCCUGGUUGCCUGCAUGGUUCUGGUCCUGACACAAAGUUCAAUCCUGGCGCUGCUCGCCAUUGCCAUCGACCGAUACCUGAGAGUCAAGAUCCCCACCAGGUACAAGCGGGUGGUGACGCCCCGGCGAGCAGGCGCGGCUGUGGUGGUGUGCUGGACGGUGGCUUUCGUGGUCGGCCUCACGCCCAUGUUGGGUUGGAACAACCUCAGACGUCUCCAGCAGAACGGCUCCAUCGGCUCCGACCUGCUCAUCACCUGCCAGUUUGAGAAUGUCAUCAGCAUGGACUACAUGGUCUACUUCAACUUUUUCGGCUGGGUGCUGCCACCCCUUGUGCUCAUGCUGCUCAUCUAUGCCGAGAUCUUCUACAUGAUCCACAAGCAACUCAACAGCAAAAAGUUGACCGGCAGCCACAGUGACCCCAACAAAUACUACGACAAGGAGCUGAAUCUGGCCAAAUCCUUGGCGUUGGUCCUUUUUCUCUUUGCCGUCAGCUGGCUGCCCCUACACAUCAUCAACUGCGUGACGCUCUUCUGCCCCGAGUGCCAGAAACCCAUUGUUCUCCUCUACAUCGCCAUCUUGCUCACCCACGGCAACUCAGCCGUCAACCCCAUCGUCUACGCCUUCCGCAUCAAGAAGUUCCGCAUGGCCUUCCGCAAGAUCUGGCAGCAGUACUUUUGCUGCAAGGACACUCCAGCUCUAGAAAUGCAGCCCAGUGACAGGAAGUGGGAAAAUAUCAAUCCCGAGCCGGGGCAAGUGUCGCCCCCAAAGCCUCCGGGGGAGGGCAGCUAGAUGCCCCUCGCCCCGCAGCACAACAUGAGGAGCGAACUCCUACAAUGCAACGAACACCUGACCUUACUGGAGCUGAAUGCCAUUUAGCACAAGGAGUUAAACCCAUUGUGAAAUAACCUUCAAAGCACAAGAACCAUGGUUCUGAAUGUGGUCUGAUGAGGGGCACCGCUUCCUCUUACUUGAUUGUGGGAGGUGACCCAGACGGUCCUUCCAAAACAGCAAAAGGAUUGG